AAGACCUAUCAGACUUGUACCAGUGGUAAACAUGGCGUCCUUAGUUGCGGACUACUCUGACAGUGACGAUGAAGAUUAUCAAAACGAAGAAGUUGCAACGACUACAGUCAGUGUCAAGGAGGAGCCUAAGGAUCCGGUCAAGGAAGAGCCCCGGGACGCCACAGAGAAGACUGGAAAGCCCACCAACUUUUUUGCCACAGCGGAGAAUGAGAGCAAUAGUGAAGAUGAGUCGAAUGAGGGGACGGCAACGUCAGAAAGCAAUACGGUCGUCAAACAGGAGCAGAAAUUACCCAAUCCUCUUACGGCGGAGCUACAAAAACUGCCCAGUCUGAACGAGGCUGCCACUUCCAGAAUCGGGACCUCGGUUUUUGUCAAUCCAUUCGAGGAGGCGGAGCAGGCGAAGAACCAGAUCCUGGAGAAGCACGUCCGUCUCACGGAAGCAGCGCCCAAGAAGCCAGCCCAUCAGCCAGUCUGCUGGAAGUUUAAGAAGGGGAAAUGCUUUCUCGGCAAAAACUGUCGCUUCUUCCACGACAGGGACAAUAUCGCUCUCGAGGAGAACAACGCAGCAAACGCCGAGCCUCCCUCACCAAACUCCAACACGGUGGAAAACCCCAACAGGCCGUCGUACCACUCUUCUGCUUUCAGAAAUGCCGGCAGGCACCAGUUUCAGCCUGAGCCCGUCGACGACGAUAAUUACAUGGCUUCCAUGAAACGCAAACGACGUUACGGGGUUAACGAUCACCUCGUGCCGCCCAAGAAGGCCUUCGAAUCGUUACAACGCCAGAGAAUUAAGGAGCGACCAUGGACAAUGGGUGGGAAAGCACCGUAAGUUUAGAAUUGAUUUUAGCUAUACGGUUUUCCGACCAUGAUGUUCUACGUAGAUGUGUACAACUUGCAAAGAGCAUUCUGGAUAAGACUAAGAUUAACUGUUUUUCGUGGAAAAUUUUCUGACAAAUGGUGCUCAUGUUCUACGUGCAACUUGCGAUUUAAAGCACCCAUGGACAAGGAUUCGUUGUCAUCAUGGACGAUUCUCAGACUUGACUGUGGUGCUGAGGUUCUACAGAUCAUGCACAACUUGCAAUUUUUUACUCUAUGAGUAAGUUUAUUAUAUUUCUGAUUUCGGAUCUCUGUUACCGGUGGCCCAGAGAACAAUGGUCGCAGUUUGGUGUGACUGUUUUUAACUUUUAUUUAGACUGUUUUUGAUCAGGUUCUGAAACUGACUUUGAUAUAUUUUUAAAACCGGAUUCAACUUACAUGGAAAGAAACCAGUUUAAAAACAUUGGAUCGUCUGUUGUUAGCUUUUAUUCCAUUCAAAUGACCCACCUCUUGAUAGAUGUGAAGAAAAAGGCGCUGUAGGACGGAGAAUUGUUUAGGUGUUACAGCUAAGACGGCUUUGACUGCAGUGUCUUGAUGGAACGUUUUAAUGCAACAAAAUGUGCGUGAACUAAUGUGUGUACUUCCUGCAUGUGUUUACACAUCAUGUCAGGGUUUUAAAAGGAUGAGAUCACUUUGUUUUAAAACUGAUGUUAGCCUUGCACACUCACACACACACACACACACACACACUCUCUCUCUCUCUCUCUCUCUCUCUCUCUCUCUCUCUCUCUCUCUCUCUCGAGUAUACCCACACAUAGGCCCACAAUUACAUGCUUUUAAUAUAAAACAAUUAUUUAUUGUUAAAAUUUUUAAUGAUAAAAUAAUUUUUAUAAUACUGUCCACAUAAUCUGAUAAUUUCUGAUAGUAAUUCAAUUUAAUAUUCUGAUUGAAAAUUUUUUACACUCUUUACAGAGAUAGAAAUAAAAGAUAAUUUAGAGUCCAGUUUUGAGGUUAAAAGUUCUAGACAUUGAAAGUUGCAGAGUUGAUCAAAAGGUUUGGUAAAUGGUGGAGGGGAAGGCAUUCAUAAUAAAGGGAAAUAAUUUGGUCUGUGUGCAGGACAUCUCUCUCUCUCUUUCUCUUACCUGGUGUCAAAAGCAAUCACGGCCAGCAGUGUUGGCAGCGGAAUCUAUGUGUUCAGAUUUUUAACCUCUUCCAAAAGCUCUGUGAUGUGUGCUUACGAAGUAGUAUAUGCCACUAGCAAUGGCAUACACCAUACCAUGUGGGUGCAAAAUGAAAAUGUGUGGUAUAUAUCUUAGUUGUUUUUUUUUAAACAAGAAUGUUUUGACUGGUCCAGUGUCAUUAUGUUGUCAUCUUUGAUAUCUAGAGAAUAUUUCUUUUGUGAUUGAUGUUCACAUGCAUCAUGUGACAUGUUUGUUCUGAAUCCAAUGUAAGAGAAGUGAAGAAUUUUUUGUUUGCAUGAUGUGUGUGACAUUAGUCCUCCAGGUUUUGUUUCUUUUUUUCCCUUGUUUAGUUUGUAUGCUGAAGUUGUUUUUUUCAUUUUAAUUUCCAUGUCAUUCACCAUCUAUAUCCAGUUUUUUUGUUUUUUGUUUAAUAUAAGGUUUUUUAUGAUCACGUUAUCCAUCUUAUAAAUCUUAACCAUUUACUGGAGGUCAAUUUAACCAAGAUAGCAUGAUGUUAUCAUAUCACUGCCAGUGUGUGCAUUUCUCUUCAGUUGAGACACUAGCAUGGAAUGUUGGAUGCACUAAUGAGUCAAGACAGUGUGUCUCUGGUACAUGUUGUAAUAGACACAAUUUUCAAGUUCCCACACCUACCGACAGUGCGGUUUCUCUGUCAUUGUCAUUUUAUAUGAGUUUUCAAGCACUUAUAAAUGAUCUAAUUUGUGUCAUGAGGGGCAUAUAUAAACACCUACAUUUGAAACAUAUUUUUUAGAAACACUGGUAUAUAUCUCCUUCUUAUUAUAUGAAAAGCUAUCAGUGUAUUUUGUUAUAAGAGUGUACGCUGAUGAUGUAAGAACAACUCUGUCCUUGAGUUUUGUGAUGGGCGCCAUGUUGAACGUUAAUACAUUUAUUGGUCAAGGCAAAGUGAGGCUCAAAAAGAGCAUGACAGGUCUUGCUUCGAAUCUCUGGUUUGGGUUUCUCGUUUUGUCUGCCCGAUGUAUCCCGUUUCUGGUCUAGGUAUACAGUGGAGGCUUUGAAGUUUUAUUAGGUUUGAUAGAGACAUUCUGUUAUAAGAGCGGAAGUGGACAUUUUAAUCUCUACUCUUGUCUUUUAAUUCGAAGCAAUUUUUUAUCAUAUAAAUAAGAAAGUAAAUAGAGUUAAAGAACAGUGAUGUCCAUCUUUUUAAUUGAUGUAAUAUUCAUGUACAUCUUGAUCUUGCAAUACUGUAGGUUUUCGUCCAUCUGAAGUGUUCAGAGUAUUGACUGAUAAUUUCAGGACUCUGUCCUUGAGUUUUGCGAUGGACCCCACCGUGUGAGGUGUCUGGUAUUUUUGGUUGGGACAAAAUGAGGCUCAAAUAAAGAGCAUGACAGGUCUUCCUUCGAAUCUCUGGUUUGGGUUUUUCGUUUUGUCUGCCCGAUGUAUCUCGUUUCUGGUCUAGGUAUACAGUUGAAGUAUGCUUUGAAGUUUUAUUUUAGGUUUGAUAGAGACAAUCUGUAACAAUCUGCAAACAAGAGAGAAGUCGACAUUUUUAUCUGCUCUUGUCUUUUAAUUCGAAGCAAGUUUUUUAUCGUAUGAAAGUAAAAUAGUUAAAGAAUAGUGAUGUCCCUCUUUUUAAUUGAUGUAAUAUUUAUACAUCUUGAUCUUGCAAUACUGUAGGUUUUCAUCCUUCUGAAGUGUUUUUAAGCUCACACACUUCAUUUACAUUUUAUUUUUGUGCUUGUGGGAAUUGUAAUGUAAGAUUUUUCAUGGAUUUUUUGCUUUGGCUUAGUCUUUUGCUAGGAAUAAUAGUACAGUAACUGAACUGCACGCUUUAUGAUUGUAUUUCCACCUGAGAGAAUAGUCAUAGCAUUGCUGUGUGUCUUUCCCUUAGAGUCAAGACAGUGUUUGUGGGUCUCUGGUAUAGGAUUAGGCUCACAAUAAGUUUCCACAUCUUCACACAGUGUAAUUUCUCUAGGUUCUGUCAUUGUCAUAGACUUAUUAUGACUUAAAAAUACAUUUUCAAGCAUGGGUAUCAUCUCUUUUUUAAAUGUGAACAAUCUACAAAAUACAUUUUGUAAAAGAGUAUUGACUGAUAAUUUCAGGACUCUGUCCUUGAGUUUUGCGAUGGACCCCACCGUGUGAGACGUCUGGUAUAUUUGGUUGGGACAAAAUGAAGGCUCAAAUAAAGAGUAUGACAGGUCUUACUUCGAAUCUCUGGUUUGGGAUUUUUCGUUUUGUCAGCCUGAUGUAUCUCGUUUCUGGUCUAGAUAUACAGUGGGGGCUCUGACAUUUUGGGUUAUUUUCCCUUUCUUUUAAAUUUUGCAUUCAUUUCUUCAUGUCUAAUAGAGACAGGGCUGAAAAUGGGAGGAAAUUUGACAUUUUUUCCAACACUUUAGUCUUUUAACUUGGACCAAGAUUUUAUUGUAUGAAAGCAGACAGCUGAAUUGAAGAACAAUUGUAUCCUCUACUUUUUAACAGGUGUUAUAUAUAUUAAUUUCUGCGUACAUUCUUGAAUCUUGCCAUGUGUGAUGAAUGUUCAUCCCCCUCAUCUCAGAAUUUGAAGGAAUUUUGUUUUAAAGCUAGCACACUCCUUUCAAAUGUUAAAGUUAUUAUAACAGCUCUUACAAAAACACUUUUACUUUUGUGCUUCUUUGGACUACUAUGAAUUUUUAAUGGAUUUUUAAUUACUGUUUUGUCCUUCUCUAGUGGUGAUAGAUAGUGAUGUUUUAUACAUUUGUCAAUGAAUGUCCAUCAGAGAGAAAUAGUAAAGCGUUGCUGUGUAUUUUUCCCUUAGAGUGAAGAUAGUGUGUGUAGGUGAGGUGAAGGAGUAGGCUCACAACUACACACUAUGUGUGUCAGGUGAAGGAGUAGGCUCACAACUACACAGUGUGUGUGUCAGGUGAAGGAGUAGGCUAACAGCUCACAAUGUUUCCACAACUACACACUAUGUGUGGUUUCUGUGUUGUUGUCGUAGACAUCAUUUUUGAAGCAUUAGUAUAAAUUGUGUCCAUAGGGGUAUUAUAAUAACACAUUUUUAAAAAAUGUUUUGAGAAGCACUGGUAUCUCUUUUUAUCAUUAAAUAAAAGCUACAAAGUACAAAAGUAUGUUCGCUGAGUAUGUCAGAACUGUUGUCCCGAUGGAGUUUUGCGAUAUAGACCCCACAUGAGGCGUGUUCGUACAUUCAGUCAGGACAAAAUGAAGGCUCAAAUAAAGAGCAUGACAGGUCUUCCUUCGAAUCUCUGGUUUGGGUUUUUCGUUUUGUCUGUCCGAUGUAUCUCGUUUCUGGUCUAGCUAGGUAAACAGAUGGGGCUUUGAGGUUAAAUAGAUCAAGCUAGAUUUAAGAACAAUGAGGUCCUAUUUUUUAAUUUGGUGUAAUAUUUGUAUACACAUCUUUGAGUGUUGCAGUGCUGUAGAUUUUUAUCCAUCUCAGAAUUGGAAAAAUUUUUAAUUUCACAUUGACACACUUCUUUUAAAUUAUUUUUGAGUAUUUCGACUCUUGCUAAUGAAAUACAUUUUUAAUUUUGGGCAUUUGGGCAUCAUGUUGGUAUUACAAAAUUUUUACUACUAUGACAUUUUCGAGGGAUCAUGGUGAUGCUUUAAGAAUUUUCACUUAAAUAAAGAAAUAAUUCAUGUUCAUAUUGUGAUAUUAUUGUGACAUGAUGUGUUUAUAUGCCAUUUGUUGUAUCAUUAAGUAAGUUAUUUUUAAAACAUUAUUUGCAUGGUCUCUGCAUGUUCGCGAGUAAAUGACUGAAUGUUACGGCAGGCAAUAAACUUGAUGCAUUUAAUUUUAAACUUA